AUGACCAGUACUCUGUAUAAACAACUGGAGAGCUAUAAGACUACUAAAGCGAUUCUAGAUAACCUAGAAGACAUGUUCGGAGGCCAAGCUACCUUGGCUCGACAGUCUGCCAUAACUAGCUUGAUGAAUGCCCAACAAAAGCCCAUCACUUCGGUCAAAGACCAUAUGAUCACUCUUAUGGGCUACUUUCCUGAGGCUGCAAACAAUGAGGCCAAUUUGGACCAGAACAGUCAAAUUGAGAUGGUGUUCAAUAGCUUGUCAAAGGAUUUUGCUAGUUUUAGGGCUGCAUAUAAUCUUGGAAAUAAAAACCUGACACUUACAUAA